AUCCGCCAUUGGAUAACUUAAAGUUGUUACUAUAUGUCAUCAUCAUAAUGGCGCUUACAGAGCCAGAUGUGCUCUCCAUAAUGUACAACUUAUGCAUAAAUAUUUGAAGGAGCGAAGUAUAUCAUUAAAUCGCUUAUCGAUGGAGUGGGAGUAAGAGCCUAUAAAUAUGCUGCAUUGAUUGCCAUCCGCAUCAUUCGUAUUUUGUAUACAAUGGGGCCAACACCAAGCAGUACAGGAUAUACUCCUCUUCUUGAUUCUAAGAACAAGGAGAAAAUGAAAAAAACUUCAAAUUGGAAUCAAUAAUCUCAGAAGUAUUCGACAAACACUAAUUCAAUGCCUGAAAAACAAGGAUAUAAAAGAUUUUGAGUGUUUCAAAAUGGGACAGUGACAGAGUCAUGUACUGUAUGUUCUAAAUUGUAAGAGAAAAAAGACAAGUUGGUAACAUUAUAUUCCGAGAUUUGGAUUAUCAUCUAGAAAACAACAUCAAAGUAUUCAAGAGUUUACAUUGGUUGAUUCCAACCGAGACAAGCUUGGACUGGUUCAGAGUAUGCGGCACAGUGCACGCACAGCUCUGCUGCACCACACAUCCCCAACCACACAGCGGAGGCUCUUCCGCUAGGUGGCGUCGCGCAACCUGCAAGCGAAGUAGCUUCGCGGAGGGUACAUAUAGCAGUGCGCUCGGGCGGUCGGCCGCUGCAGAGUUCUCGAGGACUCAUGGGAGGGGGGCAGUAUCCUCCUGCCUCUGGAGCCUGUCUACAUGCGUGCUUUCCGCUGUUCUGGCAUUCCGUUCUGUUCGGAACAGAACGCUGUUGUACCGACAGGAAUAUCAAUGGAGUUUCCUAUCUAGAUAAUUUGCAAUUCAUCUUCUAGACUUUCUCGAAAGUUUCUUCUGCAGGAAUGUAAACAUACAUCUGAUAAGUGAUAGAUUUCUUCUUUCCUACAUAAAUUUAUUCUGACGAAAGUUUUACAUUGAAAAAUUUUUGAAAACAAAUUUUUUGUGAUAAAAGUGUACUUGUGUUGUGUGAUGUAACCUAAAUCAGCAAAAAUGAGAAGAGUGGAGAAAUGUAUAAUUGCAUUAAUUUUAAUAGUGCAGUUAUUAAUUUUAUUAAAAUUACUGGAAGACGUGAGCCAGAAAGGGAUUAGACGGUGGUGGAUUAAACCAUAUUUACAUGCAAACUUAAGGGAUCGUUACGGAGCUUUCUCAACGCUUUUUGUUUAUUUUGCUAUCCAUUCUCAAGAAGAUUUUUAUGAUUUUCUUCACAUGGAUUUGGAUUCUUUCAUUGAUUUGCAUGAAUUAGUUCACAAGAAACUAAUAAAAAAAAGUUGGAGAACGCCACUACGACCAGAACUACGUCUAGCUGUUGUAUUACAUUAUCUGGCACAUGGAGGUUGUGCAAAAAAUGAUGCCUGGCUUUUUCUCAUUGGCAGAUCAACAAUAUAUGCAAUCAUACCAGAAGUCUGCAGAAUUUUAAACAGUGUACUAAUACCUAAGUACGUAAAAUUUCCUACGAAAAAAGAGUGGCUACAAAUUGCAGAUGGAUUUGAAAGUCAUUGGAAUUUCCCAAAUUAUAUCGGAGCACUGGAUGGGAAGCAUUUUAGAAUUGUGAAGCCAAAAAAUUCUGGAGUUAAGUUUAGAAACUACAAGAAAUAUGAUCUAUUAGCUACUUGUGAUGCCACAUUAAGGAUAACGUGGUUCAAUUUGGGUGAUUAUGGUUCAUAUAGCGAUACAAGUGUGUUUGCAGUUUCUGAUUUAGCACGUAAACUUAGAAAUAAUGAAGCCAAUAUUCCACCUCCACGACAGUUGCCUAAUUUAUCUACUCAAACUAGUUUUGUGUUUGUGGCAGACGAAAUAUUUGGACUAAGUAAACAUUUAAUAAAGCCUUUUGCUAGGAAGAAUGAUCUAAGCAAAGAAGAAAAGAUAGAUUAAUUAUAGACUUUCAAGAGCACGUUGGACCAUAGAAUGCAGUUUUGGAAUUAUGAACGAAAAAUGGGAAGUGCUACAAAAAAGCUUAGCAUUUAAAGUGGAAAAUUGUGAUAUUUUAAUAACCACAGUAAUAGGGUUACACAAUUAUUUAUUGUCACGUAAGAAUCCUCUUUAAGACAUAGAAAUCAACGAAAAUUAUGCAAUCGUUGCAGAGAGAGACAGUUUGGCUUUACCUAAUCGUAUAAGAAAUAAAUUUAAGGAUUAUUUUUGUUCCCCACAUGGGGCUGUAUCUUGGCAAGAAUCCUACAUUUUAUAAUCAUCAAUUUUAUACUAAAAAUUUCAGAAAAUGUAAAUUUCUUUAAAUUGUAAUUAAAGGAAUAUAAAAAAAAAUUAUUCAUGCACUGUU